GAGCAGGAUUGGUAGCACAACUAGAGGACAUCUGGCGGACAGGUGGAGAAUGGCACGUUCUUGGAAAAUUCUUGUAAUUUUACCAUAUUUAAUGCCUUUAUUAGCCGGAGAGGGAAGAGAGAGAGAAGGUCCCUACCAGAGAUGUUUUAACAGGAAUGUAAUGGCUGCCUGGAUUAUAACUUUUCCAGUUGAACAACAUGUUUGGGGCACACAGGAAGGAUCAGGGAGGAUGUACAAAGUUCAGGGGCCAGACUGUGUGUACAGAAAUAAGCAGAUGUCAAUGAAAGGAAGAGGACAGAGAAGUUGAACAGAGAAAAAAUGAAAACAUUUAAGCUGAUCUUAAUCAAGCUGAUAACACAAAACCUCUGUGGUCGUCUCUCCCAGCAAGUCUCAACAUUUCAAUUAUGAGAAGAUCUCUGUGAGCUGUGAGCAGUUCGGCCCUGGUGAAUGGAACGUGUGGCGAUACACAAGUGUGGGUCCGGCUGGGGCUUCCCCACUCUCUCUGCCUGCGAGAUUAAGACGGCGAAAACGCCCGACAGUGGCGUGUACUGGUGUGAAUCUAAAAACGGAGACAGCAGUAAUGGCAUAAACAUCACUGUCACUGAUGGACCAGUGAUCCUGCAGAGUCCUGUCCUCCCUGUGAUGGAGGGAGAUGAUGUCUCUCUGCACUGUAAAACAAAGACCCCUCCCUCCAACCUCACAGCUGCUUUCUAUAAAAAUGGCUCCCUCAUCAGGACUGAGCCUACAGGUCACAUGACCAUCCACCAUGUUUCCAGGUCUGAUGAAGGCCUCUACAAGUGUCACAUUGGCAGUCAUGGAGAGUCUCCAUCCAGCUGGCUGUUUCUCAGAGACAAUUCUGCGCCAGCCUCGCUCACACCGUCGCCUAACUCGGCUCAGCUGUUUGAGUAUAAAAACCUGUCUCUGAGCUGUGGUCACGACCGCAUCUCUCGCGGAUGGACGGUCAAGAGGGCCGUACAUAUUGACGGCAAGUUGGUCUUGCAAAGCUGUCCCCAACAAAGUAUUACCCCUGAUGGCUGCUUGUUCCUAACGGUAAAGGUGCCUGACAGUGGAAUUUACUGGUGUGAAUCUCCUGCAUGGCAGCGGAGCAACUCUGUCAAAAUCUCUGUACAUGGUGGACCAGUGAUCCUGCAGAGUCCUGUCCUCCCUGUGAUGGAGGGAGAUGAUGUCUCUCUGCACUGUAAAACAAAGACCCCUCCCUCCAACCUCACAGCUGCUUUCUAUAAAGAUGGCUCCCUCAUCAGGACUGAGCCUACAGGUCACAUGACCAUCCACAAUGUUUCCACAUUUGAUGAAGGCCUCUACAAGUGUCACAUCGGCGGUCAUGAAGAGUCUCCAUCCAGCUGGCUGUUUGUCAGAGAUCCCCGCGGCUCAUCCACCACACAUCCAACCAUGUCUUGGCUGAGACUGCUCUGCCACCUAGUGGUGUUCUGUCCAUACUGCAUCUCUACUGUCCUCAUGGUGUCUUUGUAUCGUCACAGGUCCACAGCAAAGACGCCUCCUGUGUCCAUGGUUAUGGCUCAGCUCAGCGAGGACGACGAGGGAUCGGACCCACAGUAUGAUGAUGUCAGUGCUGCCGUCACCACUGAGCAUAAUUUCUAGGAUAAACCUUCUCUUGUUUGUUUGUUUGUUUGUUUUUUAAUAAAAUAACUGUUUUGUGGUUAAUGUAUUUUGGUCUAUUUUGUAAACUGUAUUCUGUAUUAAAAUGUUUCUUUUGGAAUAGUUGUUUUUAAUGGUUUGAUGCUUUAAUGUGUUUUUUCUUCUCUUUCUUUUUAUAGUUUUUUUUAUCUUUCAGGUCUGAUCACUGAAAUAAAUGCAGUAAUAAAGUCACAUUAAAGGAAA